AUGGCAAAAUCAUAUUCAAAUGCAUAUCGUAGUUCAUUUACAGAUGAUGAUUCUGGUAUUAGUUGUGAUUAUGAUUAUUCAUCAUCAAGUGAACUUAAUUCAUCAAGAAUGACAUUAAUUGAACCAUGUUUACAAAUUCAACCACAAACAAUACCAUUACCUAUUCCAGGAGUCGUUGGACGAAAACGAACUAAUACAGUACCUUUAAUUAAAUUCCCAUCAGAUGGUAUUAGUGAACGUAUACGUCCAGCAACAAUGAAAAAUAGUAAAAAUAGUGAUUUUAUUAUUUGUCACACAAAUCGUGGAGCAUAUAUUGCUUAUCGAACAUCAAUAGUUCCUGAAUGGGUUACAAAACUUGUACAUGAAAUUGAAUUACAACAACGAUAA